AUGGGCCCACCCCAAGUCACUUUAGCCGCAGUCAACAGUCACCAGUUAGAGGACGCGAAUUCUACCGUGCUGCCCCCCGGCACCUAUUGGGGCCAAUAUGAGGAUAUCACCAAAGCCAAUGUCCACCUGAGCGUGCCGGAGAGAUUGUGGGUUGCAUGGUAUGCGUGGAUACAGAAUGACGUCCUGGCUACCGGUAUCAUGUCCUUCGCCGUGCACGAGUUGUUCUACUUCGGCCGCUGUCUUCCGUGGAUUUUCAUCGACACGCUGGCCGAAAUCCACCCAAUUCCCCCCGCCAUCGAAACUAAUAUCCUACUUCAGAACAAAGUACCUUCAUUACGCGAGCAAUGGGAUUGUGCCAAGUUUGUGCUUCUGAGCCACUUUACCGUCGAACUUCCUCAAAUCUGGCUUUUCCACCCAAUGGCGCAGUACUUCGGUCUAUCAACCUCGAUUCCUUUCCCAACUCUCUGGAGUAUGGUAUAUCAGAUUGCAAUCUUUUUCGUGAUGGAAGACACUUGGCACUAUUUUCUCCACCGAGCGUUUCACUGGGGUCCACUCUACAAGGCUAUUCACAAAAUCCACCAUCAGUAUUCCGCACCAUUCGGCUUGGCCGCCGAAUAUGCUUCUCCUAUUGAAGUGAUGAUUCUCGGCUUCGGAACCGUCAGCUGCCCGAUUAUCUGGUGUGCUGUUACCGGUCACUUGCAUAUUCUGACUAUGUAUGUCUGGAUUAUCUUACGCUUGUUCCAGGCCAUCGAUGCCCAUAGUGGCUACGAAUUCCCAUGGAGUCUUCACCAUUUCUUGCCUUUCUGGGCUGGUGCUGAUCAUCACGACCUUCACCAUGAGAAAUUCAUUGGGAACUAUGCAAGCAGCUUCCGCUGGUGGGACUACGUCCUUGACACCGAAUAUACCCCGGAGGCCCUGAAGCGCCGAAGAGCGAAACAGGCGGAGGCCAAGAAGGCACAAUGA